GAUACAUGCACUUACUUGUUGAUUCAGGCGUGACAAUUAUAUUAAAAGGGAAAGGGGGUCCAUUGAAGCUGCUUAUGUACGGGGCCCAGACUUUUGUGCUACACCAUUGAUAUGGGAGACACUUGACCAUCUUGUCUUCUUAUUUGGGACUCCUUGGUUUGUAUCUCAGGUCAGCUCAGGUUUAUCUGGUCAGCAUCAGAGACGUGCAUGGAGCGACACUCUGCGGUUGACAUGGUGAACUACAACAGACUGCAAAUGCGCAGGUGCAACAUUUGUCCCUCACGACUUUCUGUUAGGCGCUAUCAUGUCGGCCUCCUUCAUGUCUCUACACAGAUGUUGCCAGCGGUCGGCUCUCCUCGUGGUUGCUAGGCGACCGUGGAGCUCCAGCUCAGUGUCUCCGCCUCCUCUGCACACGAGGCUUCUCCUCUUCCUCACCCAGCGUUUCUAUGAUGUAGAGAUGCUCCUGAGCUGGAGGUCUCAGCGGAGGAGGAGGGGGAUUCAGAAGAAGAAUGCUUACUAUGGCUACACUCAGAAGUUUUAUGGGCCAGACAUAGCAGCAGCAUAUUAUAUCUUGAGUAUGAAGGGAGGAUUUAGGUAUGUUGGCCAGUCAGAGUGGUUCCGUGCAGACCAGAGGGGCAAGUUCAAUUGGGAGUUCUUAGAUCACAAAGACACACCCCUAGAAGAAGUAAACAUGAGCUACACGCUCAUCAACUACACAGGACUGGGGAACCUGGAGGGGCAGGCAUCUUUGCGGACUCUGUCAUUACGAGGAUGUUCUGAAGUGGACGACUGGUUCCUGGCCAGGCUCCAUAUGUUGCAGGACUCUCUGGAGGAACUGGACAUUUCUCACUGUCCACGCAUCACUACAGGCGGCCUGGCAGCACUCAGGAAUCUCAAGGGACUGCGGCGUCUAGACGUGUCGUCCCUCCCCGGGAUUUCAAGUCCUGGGUUGGUCAUUAUCCUGCUGGAGGAGAUGUUACCACAGUGCCAAAUCACCGCUACUGGCUACGACCUCAGCCUGAGGCAGGAGGGAGGAGAGGGGAACGAGGAGCACAUGCAAGGGCAGAGCAGUGUCAGACCCCACAGUGGGCGGAUGAAGACAACAGUAGAUGGGGAUGAAGAAAUCACUGCUACUUUUGUAUGUAAAGAUAGCAUCUACAACGAUUUGGUAGCCAGUUUUGAUGUGAGCAGAACUUGUUGUAUAAGCUACUUUUACUUCACACCACAUGUUGGGUAG